GUGUAAAAAAUGUGUAUGAUUGAUUCUGGCAGCACUGGUCAUGUUUACGUAACUUCAUUUGACAGACACGAGCUGAGCGGAAUUAAAACAAUUGGAUAAAAAUGAACCACGUACAGAAAGUGAGAGUUUUGUACAAAACUAUUCUUCGUAUGCACCGUGGACUGCCGGUGGCGUUGCAGGAGCUCGGUAAUAACUACGUGAAAGAAGAGUUUAAACGCCACAAAAUUUGUUCUCCUAUGGAAAGCCAGAAAUUUAUGAGCGAAUGGGCAGGAUAUGCGAUAAAUCUUGCUGAGCAACUGGGUUUGCGAGGGAAACCCGGACCGAUUGGAAUGAUUGGAGAAGAUUUGACUGAAACUCAAUUAAACCAUUUUCGAGAUGAACAGAUAGCUCAGCUGUAUGAGCUACUGCAGGAAGCCAAACGAUAAUAGAUGAUAAAGGACCUGUCUGGAUCAUUAUCAAUCACCAUAAAAGAAUUGGGUAUUUCUGGGAAGAAUGCAUCACAAUCGAAUUGCUUUUUGAUUUCCGUCAAAUAGAUUCGAUGGCAACGAUCGGA